AUUCCACCUUUGGGUGCCUCACCUGGGUCCAGCCUCAGGCACACAGGAAAAGCAGAGGAUGCAUCUGGCCAUGCAGUGCUUCCCAGCCAUGCAGAGGAGGAAGAUGUGGACUCGGAAGACGAGAAGCUGGUGGUGAGAGAGCCAGAGGAUGAGGAUGCUGCAGAUGAGACUUUCUCUUUUAAAUACAGUCCUGGAAAGCUGAGGGGAAACCAGUACAAGGCAAUGAUGUCCAAAGAAGAGCUCGAGGAAGAGCAAAGGGUUCAGAGAGAGCAGCUGGCUGCCAUCUUCAGACUGAUGAAGGAAAAAAGUGACACGUUUGGAGAGAUGUCUGAAGGAGACAUGAAGGAGCAGCUUAGACUGUAUGAUAUAUAACCUUGAAACCAUUGGAGGUUAUGCCCAAAAUCCAUCCUGGGCCUUACUAUGCAGGACACUGAGGGUUGUAGUGCUUUAAAUGUGUCUUGGUAGUUAUUUUGCAGUUCCAGUUUGUUUUGUAAACACAUAUAGGCUUGUGCUAUGUAUCUCAAAAGACUCGUAAUUCCUCACCCUUGUUAGCAUUUUUCUUUGGAGA